AUGGCUUUCAGUGGAAAUUGCGCAACCGUAGAAAUAGCAUUAGCGGAAGUGUUAUGGACUAAACAACGAUAUGAUUCGUAUCAAUUUUAUCAUGUUUUUAAGGAAGAUGAACUGAAAGCUCUGAUAACAAUGACACCAUCAUUGCGGCUAGUACAUUUAGCUUACGAACAUGCAAACUGGUGGGCAAUUGCCGAAAAAGCUGAUUCCUUCUCGUAA